AGGAGCUACUUGAAGGCAGUUUGAAAGAGUUUUAUUUUACAGAUUCUUAGUCCAAAGAUUUCAAAUUAGAAGCGGCAGCAGAAAAGGAGAAAAAAAACAAGUAAGCGUGAUGAAGCCACCUUCAUCCUGGCAUUCUGACAUUUAACCUGGUGAGAAACACCAUCGAUGGUGAAGUUGCCUUUUCAGCGGGGUUCUGUCUGUUCACCUUCCAUAAUAAAUGCAGUCAAAGGGGCAGUCACUUCUCAUCGGUCACAAAGGUCUCGUUUUUGAACCUCACCCUCACAAGAGCCAUUUCUCAUCAUGCCAAGCCAACAGAAGAAAGUCAUUUUUUGCAUGGCUGGGAUGUUAAGCUUUGUGUGUGCCCUCGGUGCUGUGGCAGCCCUGGGGACACCUUUGUGGAUCAAAGCCACCUUCUUCUGCAAAACUGGGGCUCUGCUCGUCAAUGCCUCAGGGCAGGAGCUGGACAAGUUCAUGGGCGAGAUGCAGUACGGGCUUUUCCAUGGAGAGGGCGUGAGGCAAUGCGGGCUGGGAGCAAGGCCCUUUCGGUUCUCAUUUUUCCCAGAUUUGCUCAAAGCCAUCCCAGUGAGUAUCCACGUCAAUGUCAUUCUUUUCUCCACGAUCCUCAUCGUUUUAACCCUGGUGGGGACGGCCUUCUUCAUGUACAAUGCUUUCGGCAAGCCCUUUGAAACCCUGCAUGGUCCACUGGGGUUGUAUCUCUUGAGCUUCAUUUCCGGCUCCUGCGGCUGUCUUGUCAUGAUACUGUUUGCCUCUGAAGUGAAAAUCCACCGCCUCUCAGAAAAAAUUGCAAAUUACAAAGAAGGGACUUAUGCCUACAAAACACAAAGUGAAAAAUACACCACGUCGUUCUGGGUGGUUUUCAUUUGCUUUUUUGUUCACUUUUUGAAUGGGCUUCUAAUACGAUUUGCUGGAUUUCAGUUCCCUUUUGCAAAAUCUAAAGACACAGAGACAACUAACGUAGCUGCAGAUCUAAUGUACUGAAGGGCAAACAU